CAGUGAUCGAUCGGUUGAUUCAUCACGCGAACACUGAACGUCCCAGACAGACAGACACUCACAUUGAUUGAGUUCUGUUCUGAUGAUGAAUCACGCACGUCAUGUCAUGCAGAGAAGCAGACACACGCACAUCACAUCCAGCUACGCUAAGCUGCGUCGCAUGAGCACAGUGCAUUCAGACCCGAUAGUGCGUGUUGCCCACCUGCAGGCGGGCAUACAACACACAGUCACAUUUUGCCGUGAUCCUUCGUUGCUCCUGUACCUUGUUGCAAGUAUCACAUCAUGCCUUCCGUCAUCCGUCCGAGUCGUCGUCCCUGUGGCGAGACUUCUUGUGCUUCCGCCGCCGACCGCGGCGGUCGUCCUCCUCUUCAUCCUGUGGUCCAAACCAUAGCCAGAAAUGUCAGUACUCGGGCUUUACAGUGGGUGGUUGUCUCUGGUGUGUGUGUGUGUGCAGGUACCUCUGACGCGUCGCCCUUGUCCCGUCUGCGCUUCUUGUCCUUUCGCUUCUUGUGCCGACGGUGACCCCUGCACCGCACCCAUCACACACACGUGAGAGGACAGACAGAUGUGUGUGGACUGGCAGUGAGUGUGUGUUUACUCAUCGGAGUCUGAAUCGUCGUCUCGUUCUCUCCUCACCUGCACACACACAGCGAGAGAAACACAAACAGUCAGUCACUGCGGAAGCGACCACACAUAGACGAGAGAGCAACACGGUAAGGAGAGCAGAGCAGAACAGGUAUGAAGGGGCAUGACGCAUCGCAUCAGUGAGUGAGUGAUCCAUUGGUCCGUGCACUUGUUUGCUUGCGGGUCAGAUUUUGAUGCUAAGAUCGGUGCCUCGAUCGUGGCCAAACGGCCGCCCACAAACAUGAUAGCCAUGAGGGAUACGGGAUGUACAGAUAUGCAUCUCUCUGCCCACUCUGUCUGCCUGACCCUCGCUCUCCCGUCCACCACUUGCUUUACCUGUACCACGUUUCGGUUUCGUGGGCCAGCCACACGACAUUCGCUACCACUGCCGCCCCGCCCCCUCACGCCACGCACACACAGGUAGGUGUCAUGCACCCCCCCUCUCGUCCCCUGCCCACCUUGUCUCGGUCUCUGUCCCUCAUGUCGACAUCGUCGUCAUGCCCACCGUGCCUCUGCUGCUGCCCCUUGCCGUCAUCCUUACUGCUGCCGCUCAUGGCCGUCAUGCGAUGAUGGUCCGCGUCGCCACCGCCCUCCCUGUGUGUGCAGUAGUAUAAGAAUGCGUCGCGCCGGAUGCGGUCGUCGGGCACCAUCUCGAUGGCGACCUCGAACUGACCCUGCUUCUUCAGCACAGACAUGGCGGCGUCAUACGAGAUGUCAGUCUGAACGGAAAAAGACGUCUCGUGUGUGCGAUGUGUGUGUGGUCCUCUUCAGUCUUCACACCCACCGGGACGUCACACUCGUCCAGAAGCUCGGCGAAGCGUCUGCGGAUCUUCUUGACCUCUUUCUCCGCAUGGCGGGCCCUGAGGAGCGGAUAAGGGCAGCAGGGAGGACACGGAGUUUUGUGUGUGUGUGUGUGUGUGUAUGUGUGUGGUUGUUCGGCUCACUCGUCUUUGGUUUUGCGCAGGAGAGACUCGUAGAUGAGUUUGGCGUUGACGGCCGACACACCCUUGAAGUCGUCGUGGUCCGCACACUCCUCGUGAAACCUGAUGAAUCGACCGACCCGUGGUGGGUGUGUACCUGCAUGUGCUCUGUGUUGUGCUUACGUUUUCCAGUCGGUGUCGGCUUUGAUUUUGAGUUGGGCAUCUUCGAGUAUCUUGAUGACGAUGUCCUUCUGGUCCUGAUACUCCUCCUGCGAAACGAUGCACACACGCAGAGGGAGACAGGUAUACAGCUGGGCUGUUUCAUUGCUUCCUCUAUCUGCUGGCUUGGCUUCUUCUGACGGUGAGGUCUUCAAGCUUGUCUUCAAACAGGUCGCGAGGCGUCGAGCCGCCCUGACCGAGCUGAUACCAAGUUGCAGCAGGGAGAGAGAUGGUGUGGGUGUCCUUCCCUUGGACCGUCUCCCUUGUCCCACCUCCCACCUACCCUACCAUGUUUCUGUAUCGCUCGUCGUCCUUGAUGGUGGGCAUGAAGUCCUGCCACAGCGUCUUGGCGUUGAUGUUGUUCCGAACCACCGACUCCUGAACAUACAAUACACAAACACCACACCCAACAUGCAGACGCCCUCUCUCUCCCUCCCUCCCCGCCUCCGCCCCACCCCACCUCAUCCCACCUCGAGCAGCUGGUUGAAUGCGUCCCUGUUCUUCCUCUCCGUCCUGUAUGUCUUCUUGCGUUUCUCCUCGUCGGCCUUUCUGUCGUCGGCGGCCACCCAAUCGCGCCAGGCGAAGAGUGCGUCGACCUUGUCGAGCCACUUGAAGUCACAGUCGUCCUUCAUCAGCUCAACCACGUCGCGCCAGCGGGUGUCGGCCGUCAGGGUGGGGUGCAGGGAGAAUUUCGAUUGCACCUGAGCAGACAGGGGAGAGAGGGGGCACAAGUCAUGUCAUGUGUAGUGUAUGGUGGUUGGUGAGCUGGGUGGUUCUGUGUGUGUAGGUUAGGGAGGGGAUUGAGGGGUGUGGUGUGUGUUAGUGGUACCUUUUCCACGUAUUCUUGCCGCUUUGCUCGUCGCUCCUCCCGCUCGGUGCGCUCGUGCUCCUCCAUGAAAUCCUGAACACACACACGACAGACGGACAGAGAGACGGACAGAGAGAGAGAGAUGGCCACAGAAUCACGAAGACGUUGUCAGAGGUAAGUGCGAGCGCAGUGCAGUGCAUGUGUGGGUCGAGUCGGGUCGGUCGGCGGAUCAGUGCGAAAGACUAAUAAUAUAAUGUGUGGAUCGGCUCAGCCAGUGCCCGCAGGCCUGUCUCGAUCAACCAAUCCUAGGGAUACGCUCAUCCCACAGCCGCCUCCCUAUCUCUGUCUGCCUCCCCAUCCAUCCCUGUUUUGCCUUGUGUCUUGCUGACUGACUGACCUGGAAUGCGUCAUCCCGCUCGUUCUCCUCGGUGUAGCGCCACCAAUCGGACUGGAAAUACAUCUCGGCGAAGUCCCUGCACACACACACACACACACGGAAGCACAUCCAACCGUGGAUUCACUCACAGGCGGGUGUGUCUGUCUGUCUGUCUGCACGUUGUCUGCGCGUGUGUGUGUGUCUCCUGCAGCCGACCUGUAUCGGUUGGUUCCCUUGGUCUGCGGCCAUUUCUUGAUCUCCUCCAGCAGCGUCACGCGCGCCUGAAUGAACAAGUGGAAGCCGCACACAUGCAUACCUCCAGUCACGUGUGUGUGUGUGUGUGUUUGUGCGCAGAGCAGGGGUUGGGCGCUACCUGUUUUCGUUUCUCCCUCUCGAGCUCCUUGGCCCGCUUCUGCGCCUGGCUGAGGUACUCGGCGAACAUCUGCCGCUUCUCACCGGUCGUCAGCUUGGAAAACUGCUUCCGAACCCUGAUGUAUAGGACAUAGGCCAAGGUAGGGGGAGUUCGACAUGCAUCGAGCGUCUGUCUGUGGCCUCCCCUCCCCUCUCCCUUCCCUCACCGUUUGUCGUUUUGCAGCAGCUUCGACGCCUCCUCCCAUUUCCAUCUGUUCGUCACACCCUUGGAGGUGAACAACUCCUGCACCACACCCACAAACCAACAGGGGCAACCGACCAAUUCAGUGCACACCACAGCCUCCCUCCCAGCCAGCACAGCAGUUCUAAUGGUCUUGCUGUACCGUACCAUGAGCGGCUCCCUGGCCUCCUUGGCGUCUCUGUAUAUCACCAGCCCCUCAUCGUCGCUCUCCUCCUCCUGCUGGGGCGGCUGCUGCGAUGCCGAUGGUGCGACCAUGAUGACAUCGCCCCUGUCGUCGUCCCUCUGCUGCUGUGCGAUGCCGUUGACCGACGAUGAGGGCGGGGGGGAGGGGGAGGGCGAUGCCGACGGCGGACGGGCCUUUGGCAGGGAUGGGGGCAGCUCGGCGUUUGGGUUCUCUUUGAGGAGUUUGAGCUCUGGGGGCAUCUGCCAGAGGCUCUGCUUGGUCAACGUGUUGUAGUAGUACGUGCGACCGUUGGCUGCUGUGUACUCCUGCACACAUGCAGGACACGACACGACACUCGCAUGACUCGUGGGACUACGUGACGUGUGCGUGUGGCCUGACUGACUGAUUGCCUACCCGCCAGGCUGUUUUCUUCAUGAGCAGCCGCUCCUGUGCCGUGAGCAUCUCCUCAGGCUUGUCCCAGCGAGACUGCUUCGUCUGAUCAAUGACACACACACAGAUGUUUGUCAUACGUGCAGCAUAGCAUCGUCUGUCUCCCUUUCUCUCGGGGUGGGUGGUUAUGGUACUUACUUUGGUGUUGUGGUAGUACUUGCGCCCAUCAGCUGCCGUGUGCUCCUUCCAGCCAUGAUCUGGACGCAUUGAAUGCAUUCCCACACACACACAUUUAAAAUAACUGACCACCCAUCCCUCCGUCCAUCCAUCCAGCUAGCCCCCCCCCCCAAACUCUCUCUCACCUGGCUCCUCUUCCCCUUCCUCCUUCUUGAUCACAACUGGUGCGGCCGGCUGCUGGGACUGAGCACCCUGAAUGGUGGUGCUCGCGCCUGCAGCGCCGGUCUGCGCCACCGCCACAUUGGGCGACGGCUGCUGCUGCUGUUGUUGCGCCGCAGUAGCUGUGGCGGCAGGCUGUUGUGUUGGCGGUGUCAUGCCGGGGGGCGCUGCCAUGAAGGGCGGCAUCAUGGGCGGCACAGCCAUGCCAGGAAAACCCAUACCAGGGUACAUGCCUGCAGGCAGGCAGGCAGGCAGGCAGGCAGGUAGGCAGGCAGCAGAGAGAGAGAGAGAGGGGAGGGACUUGCUGUGUGCUGCCAUGUGGGUGUGGGUGUGGGUGAGUGUGAGUGUGAGUCGUCCUUACCCAUCAUCAUGCCAGGGAAAGGCGGACGCGCACCUGAGAACAAACAAGAGAAACACCGACAGGGCGGCAGUGGUGAUGUGCUGAUUGAUCUCUCAUCCUUUCAUGCCGUGGAUCCUCACCUGGCGCGUUGCUCGCCAUCGAUGUCACUCGCGAUCCUCACCUUAUCGCCUCUGCGGCACACCAACAGCGUCACAAGUCUACUCAGGAGGCACCCACUGCCCCCUUU